CGUUGGCGCGCGAAGGGGUGCGCGCGGCGCCCGGGGGAGCCGCGCGCAGCGGGGGCAGGAAACAAUAGGGACGGAGCCGCGGCCGUGAGGGCUCCGAGCGCCCAGCGCAGCGACCGCCUCGCCCACCCGCGCCUCAGCCCCGCGCCCCGCCAUGGCGGACAAGGAAGCAGCCUUUGAUGAUGCUGUGGAAGAACGUGUGAUCAACGAGGAGUAUAAAAUAUGGAAAAAGAACACCCCCUUCUUGUAUGAUUUGGUGAUGACCCACGCCCUGGAGUGGCCCAGCUUGACUGCUCAGUGGCUUCCUGAUGUCACAAGACCUGAAGGCAAAGAUUUCAGUAUCCACAGGUUAGUCCUGGGCACCCACACCUCAGAUGAGCAGAAUCACCUGGUCAUAGCGAGUGUGCAGCUGCCCAACGACGAUGCCCAGUUUGAUGCCUCCCACUAUGACAGUGAGAAAGGAGAGUUUGGAGGCUUCGGGUCAGUCAGUGGGAAAAUUGAGAUUGAAAUCAAGAUAAACCACGAGGGAGAAGUGAACAGAGCACGUUACAUGCCACAGAACCCCUGUAUCAUUGCCACCAAGACUCCAUCCAGUGAUGUCCUGGUCUUUGAUUACACCAAACACCCUUCCAAACCAGAUCCUUCUGGAGAGUGUAACCCUGACCUGCGUCUUCGUGGGCACCAGAAGGAGGGUUAUGGGCUGUCCUGGAACCCAAACCUCAGUGGGCACUUGCUCAGUGCCUCUGAUGAUCAUACCAUCUGCCUGUGGGAUAUCAGUGCUGUUCCCAAAGAAGGCAAAGUGGUGGAUGCAAAGACCAUCUUCACAGGCCACACAGCAGUGGUGGAAGAUGUAUCUUGGCACCUGCUCCAUGAAUCCCUUUUUGGCUCCGUUGCUGACGAUCAGAAGCUCAUGAUCUGGGACACUCGGUCAAACAACACCUCCAAACCCAGUCAUUCCGUGGAUGCUCACACAGCUGAAGUCAACUGCCUUUCCUUCAACCCUUACAGUGAGUUCAUCCUGGCCACAGGAUCAGCUGAUAAGACUGUAGCUCUGUGGGACUUGAGGAACCUAAAACUGAAGCUGCACUCCUUUGAAUCACAUAAAGAUGAAAUAUUUCAGGUUCAGUGGUCUCCCCAUAAUGAAACUAUUCUGGCCUCCAGUGGCACGGACCGCAGGCUAAAUGUCUGGGACUUGAGUAAAAUUGGAGAAGAGCAAUCCCCUGAAGAUGCUGAGGAUGGACCCCCAGAGCUGUUGUUUAUUCAUGGUGGUCAUACUGCAAAGAUCUCUGAUUUCUCCUGGAAUCCCAACGAGCCCUGGGUCAUUUGUUCUGUAUCAGAAGAUAAUAUCAUGCAAGUCUGGCAAAUGGCUGAGAACAUCUAUAACGAUGAAGAUCCCGAAGGAAGCGUGGAUCCAGAAGGUCAAGGAUCCUAGAUGACAACCUUUUCCUCUUUUUAGUCUUUUUUUUUUUUCCUUCUCUUCCCUCUCAACCCCGAUAUUGACUUAACACUGGUUUUGAGACACACGUAGGCUUUGUGUUCAGCCAUCCACCUGUAGAUCCCAUCACAGGCUUUUUCACCCAGACAGCGAGUACCCACCCCCCAAAAAAGGGCUCAGCCCCCUCAGUCAGGUCUGUGCUGUAGCCCCUCGAUCAGAAUUCCUGCAGCAACCUCUUGUGUCAGGCUGGCUGUCCCCUUUUGGCUGCCUUUCAUCACACAGCAAGCUUGGGUUUGGUUUCUUUCCUUGCUCCAGCCACGGGCUUUUUCCUAAUUUAAACAAAAGUUGAAUUGGCAGAGCUGCCCAGUGGGCUUGAGCCAAUAGGGAUGAUACAAUUGUUAAUCCACUGGCAGCUCAGAAAUGGUGUGGAAGGUCCUGGCCUCCUCAGUGCAGCUCAGAGGCCUUGGAAUUCCUUUAGUUAUCUGUACCUUGUGGAUUUUUUUCUGCCUUUGCAGAUGCAAAACACACUUGCAAGUUCUGACUCGAACUGAAAUUUCUCUGGUUUUUUUUUUCUUUUUUUUUUUGUCUCUCCUGGCAAUUCUGGGCUUUUCAUUCCUUCCUCCCUCUCCCUUUUCUCCCACCUGCUGGGCCACAGCGGUUCGGAUUCUUUAGCUAUUCCUGCAGAGCAUCCUUCACCCCCCCCCCCAUGUUUUUUUUUUGCUCUAUUGUGUGUUUCUCGAGCUGUGUUUUUUCACAUGAUGUUUCUUUCCUUUCUGUGAAAUGGUUUUUAAGACUUGGGCCCCCCAAGUUGUAAAAGGUGUUAUGUUUGUGCCAGCGGACGGCCCUGCCCGGUGCCCUGAGCAGCGUUGGCAGCUGGUGUGGAGCAGAUUAAACGUGGAUGAACUACUUUUUUUAGGAGUUAGUCCUUGACCACUGGUUCCUGCACGUCUUCCACUCGGGUGUCCCGUGCCACCAGCAGCCUGUUACUCUCCAUCUCCUCAUGACUAAUUGCGUGUAAGUCCUUCAGGUGGAAUAAAGUUUUUCUACGUAAA